AACCCAACUAUUUUCACGAUAAACCCAAACUCGACAGAGGAACGAUCUUCAAACCCAGCGAUGGCACCCAGAUCGGAUUCCACCCAGAGCUCCACAGCCACGGAGCCGAUCUCCGGCGCCUCCAUGGAUCCGAUCUUCCACAUACUAAAGGUCCUACCUUACUCCAUCCUUCGCCCUCCACGUCUCCGCCUGAAGCUCCCCAGCUUCACCCUUCCCUCCCCAAUGACCGUCUUUGCCCUGAUUCUUCUCACCUACUUUAUGGUGGUCUCCGGCCUCGUCUACGAUGUGAUCGUGGAGCCCCCAGGCAUCGGUUCGACUCAGGAUCCCGUGACUGGCUCUGUCCGCCCGGUCGUCUUCCUCCAAGGCCGCGUCAACGGACAGUACAUCAUUGAAGGACUUUCUUCUGGUUUUAUGUUCUUGCUCGGCGGGGUCGGCAUCAUUCUGUUGGACCUAGCUUUGGACAAGAACCGCGCCAAGAGUGUCAAGGUCUCCUAUGCCUCAGCUGGGAUCUCCUCCAUUGUUCUGGCUUAUGUUAUGAGUAUGCUCUUUAUUCGCAUCAAGAUCCCAGCUUAUCUUAGAUAAGUCUAUUCCUUGAAUGAAUUCAACUGUGCUGGAAAUGGUGUGAUAAAUUUGGAUUUUAAAUAUGAGCUACUUUUUAUUGAUAGAUAAAUGUGAGCUACUUUAUUAUCAGGUUGGAUCAAUCUUUCAGUUCUGAA